AUUCUAUUUAUACCCUUGAAGCUCCUAACCUCACUCCCUUUUCCCACUUUCUCUAUUCUUCUUACUGCUUAAGUUUUCUCUCUUCUCUUCUCCGGCGACGUAAUUUUAUCAAUCUCAUCAAAGCGAUGGCAUCAACGGAAUCAGAUCUAGAUGAGUUUCUUAAUCUCGAUUACGAACUUCGUUAUCCAACUCUUGCUGAUACUGAAGCAUUUAUGACCGGUGUUUGCUCCGCCGCUUUUCAAACUCUGUUACCGGAUACAGUGACUUCAUUUUCAACUUGUGGUGGAUUAACAGACUCUCAAAAUUUUACUGCCAAACAUUCCACCAUCACUGCUACUAUUGAUUCUCAAUCAUCAAUUUAUGGCACUGUUGGAAGCCCAGUUUCAGCUAAUAAACCAAACAGCAGGGAGAAUCAUACCAAAGGGACUACAAGUGGUUCCUCUGAUCCUUCUGAUGAGGAUGAUGAAUUAGGUCCUUGUGAACAAAGCACAAAUCCACUUGAUAUCAAACGCCUUAGAAGGAAGGUUUCUAAUCGCGAGUCAGCCAGGAGGUCAAGGCAAAGAAAACAUGCGCAUUUGUCUGAACUUGAGUCUCAGGUUGAAAAGCUGAAACUGGAAAAUGCAACCCUAUAUAAGCAGUUUACAGAUACUAGUCAACAAUUUCACGAAGCUGAUACUAAUAAUCGAGUGCUAAAAUCAGAUGUAGAAGCUUUGAGAGCUAAGGUGAAGUUAGCUGAAGAUAUGGUCACUAGGAGCUCUUUCACCACAUCCUUAAACAAUCAAUUUUUUCACAAUCAAUAUCAAUCGAGCACACCACCACAACUCAACGCGACUAACAUUCGUCGCAUGCCACAUGUCUCGCCAACCAUCAAUGUCCAGCAAGGAAAUGGUGCCUCGUACGGUGGUGUUGCGGUUGGUGAACACAAUUCUAAUUUUGUUGGGUUUGGAAACUUGGACAUGAGCAAUUUCAAUGACGCCGUCGACAAUGGAGUCCUAAGCAAUGCUUUGAGCUGUGUAACUAUUUGGCCUUAAGGGUUUCACUUGAUCACUACAUCCAGCUUUAUAUUAUGUCAUGUCUUGUGUAUUUGAUUAGUAGAUUAAGUUAUUAUCUUACUUAGGUUUCUCUUUAAUUAUUAUGCUCAUUAAGAUAGUGUGUUCUCAUGUUGCAUUUCGUUUUGUAUAAAAAGGACUUUAUUACUUUGUGCAUUUCUGAUAGUAUAAUUCACUGCGAGAGAAAUAACCUCUCACUUUAUCAUAUGAUUCAA